GCAGCGGGCGGAGAUGGCGGAUCCAGCCGAAUGCAGCAUCAAAGUGAUGUGCCGGUUCCGGCCGCUCAACGAGGCGGAGAUCCUUCGCGGGGACAAAUUCAUCCCCAAAUUCAAAGGCGACGAGACCGUGGUCAUCGGGCAAGGGAAGCCGUAUGUCUUUGACAGAGUACUGCCUCCCAGCACGACCCAAGAACAGGUUUACAAUGCGUGUGCAAAGCAAAUUGUCAAAGAUGUCCUUGAAGGUUACAAUGGGACAAUUUUUGCAUAUGGACAAACCUCAUCAGGAAAAACACACACAAUGGAGGGAAAGCUUCAUGACCCUCAACUCAUGGGCAUUAUACCAAGAAUCGCACAUGACAUCUUCGACCAUAUCUAUUCCAUGGAUGAAAACCUGGAGUUUCACAUCAAGGUAUCCUAUUUUGAGAUCUACUUGGACAAAAUCAGGGACUUGCUGGAUGUAUCCAAGACAAAUUUGGCUGUUCAUGAAGAUAAAAACAGAGUCCCUUACGUAAAGGGGUGUACUGAACGGUUUGUGUCAAGCCCUGAGGAGGUCAUGGAUGUGAUAGAUGAAGGCAAAGCAAAUCGGCAUGUAGCUGUAACAAACAUGAAUGAACACAGCUCUAGAAGUCACAGUAUCUUCCUGAUUAACAUUAAACAAGAGAAUGUAGAGACCGAGAAAAAACUCAGUGGGAAGCUUUAUCUAGUUGAUUUGGCUGGGAGUGAAAAGGUCAGCAAAACUGGUGCCGAGGGAGCAGUUCUCGACGAAGCUAAAAAUAUCAAUAAGUCUUUGUCUGCUCUUGGAAACGUGAUCUCAGCCUUGGCAGAGGGGACAAAAACACAUGUGCCAUACCGGGACAGCAAGAUGACUCGGAUUCUCCAGGACUCCCUGGGUGGGAACUGUAGAACCACCAUUGUUAUCUGUUGUUCUCCAUCUGUCUUCAAUGAGGCUGAGACCAAGUCAACACUGAUGUUUGGACAAAGGGCUAAGACCAUCAAGAACACAGUCUCUGUGAACCUUGAACUGACAGCAGAAGAAUGGAAGAAGAAAUACGAAAAAGAGAAAGAUAAAAACAAGACUUUGAAAAAUGUGAUCCAGCACCUGGAGAUGGAGCUAAACCGAUGGAGAAAUGGGGAAGCUGUGCCUGAGGAUGAACAAAUCAGUGCUAAGGAUCAGAAAACCCUGGAGCCCUGUGAUAACACCCCCAUCAUAGACAACAUUGUGCCUGUGGUUGCUGGCAUCUCUGUGGAAGAAAAGGAGAAGUAUGACGAUGAGAUCUCCAGCCUCUAUAGACAACUGGAUGAUAAGGAUGAUGAAAUUAACCAGCAGAGCCAGCUGGCUGAAAAGCUAAAGCAACAGAUGUUGGAUCAGGAUGAGCUUCUAGCUUCUACUAGAAGAGAUUAUGAGAAGAUCCAGGAGGAGCUAACACGUCUCCAGAUUGAAAACGAGGCAGCAAAAGAUGAGGUGAAAGAAGUGCUCCAGGCUCUGGAGGAGCUGGCUGUCAAUUAUGACCAGAAGUCACAAGAAGUGGAGGACAAGACCAGGGCCAAUGAGCAGCUGACGGAUGAGCUGGCCCAGAAAACGACUACUUUGACAACCACACAGAGAGAGCUAAGCCAGCUACAAGAGCUUAGCAACCACCAGAAAAAAAGGGCCACAGAGAUCCUCAAUUUGCUGUUGAAGGAUUUGGGGGAGAUAGGUGGAAUUAUCGGCACCAAUGAUGUGAAGACCUUGGCAGAUGUGAAUGGAGUCAUUGAAGAAGAGUUUACCAUGGCUCGGCUGUACAUCAGCAAAAUGAAGUCAGAGGUGAAGUCCCUGGUGAACCGCAGCAAACAGCUAGAGAGCGCUCAGAUGGACUCCAACAGGAAGAUGAAUGCCAGUGAGCGGGAACUGGCAGCCUGCCAGCUGCUCAUCUCCCAGCAUGAGGCCAAGAUCAAGUCCCUGACAGACUAUAUGCAGAACAUGGAGCAGAAAAGGAGGCAGCUGGAAGAGUCCCAAGACUCUCUGAGUGAAGAACUGGCCAAGCUCCGAGCCCAGGAGAAAAUGCAUGAAGUCAGCUUCCAGGAUAAGGAGAAGGAACACCUGACACGGCUGCAGGAUGCAGAAGAAAUGAAGAAGGCACUGGAGCAGCAGAUGGAGAGUCACCGGGAAGCUCACCAAAAGCAGCUGUCCAGACUUCGAGAUGAGAUUGAGGAGAAGCAGAAAAUCAUUGAUGACAUUCGGGACUUGAAUCAGAAACUGCAACUGGAACAGGAGAAGCUCAGUUCUGAUUAUGACAAGCUGAAAAUAGAGGACCAAGAGAGAGAAAUGAAGCUGGAAAAGCUCUUGUUGCUCAAUGAUAAAAGGGAACAAGCAAGAGAAGAUCUCAAAGGGUUAGAAGAGACAGUGUCUCGGGAACUGCAGACGCUGCACAACCUACGUAAGCUCUUCGUGCAAGAUCUGACUGCCCGGGUCAAAAAGAGCGUGGAACUGGAUAGUGAUGAUGGAGGUGGCAGUGCUGCCCAGAAGCAGAAAAUUUCCUUCCUGGAAAAUAAUCUGGAACAACUUACUAAGGUGCACAAGCAGUUGGUCCGUGAUAACGCAGAUCUGCGCUGUGAGCUGCCGAAGCUGGAGAAGCGGCUACGUGCCACAGCUGAGCGCGUCAAGGCGCUGGAGAGUGCCCUGAAGGAGGCCAAGGAGAAUGCCAUGCGGGACCGCAAGCGCUACCAGCAGGAGGUAGACCGUAUCAAGGAGGCUGUGAGAGCCAAGAACAUGGCCAGGAGGGCACACUCAGCCCAGAUUGCCAAGCCCAUUCGCCCUGGACACUACCCAGCCUCGUCUCCAACAGCCGUUCAUGCCAUCCGAGGGGGAGGAGGCAGCUCUACUCACUACCAGAAAUAAAUAACGAAAUAAAACUCUUCACAUAGCAUGUCAAGGACUACAUUAAUCAACAAUUCCUAAUUUCUUCCUUCUACCCAGUCCCCAUUUUCUUUUGCAUUUGCUUCCCCAAGCCAUCUGCAGUACACCAGGUUCAGGUAUUUGAAUUGUGUAGAAUUCUUGUGUGGACAGAUCCAUGCUCAGACUUUUUCUAGGAGAGCUGAAGAAGAUGAUUGCAAGUUACAGAAGAUCCACACACUCCAGGGAACCAUUGACAUGAACUUGGCCUGAAAAAUUGGGUGAUCUCUGGACAUUUCCUCCAAUGUGCCAUCCAAUGCCCUGCCAGGUCACUCCCUGGAGGGAACAUCACCUGGAGGUGAUGGUGGACCAUGCUCUGUUGCAACUACCUGGUGUUCUGUAAAAUAAACAUAUGACUUUAUAUUUUUAGGGAACAUAAAAGUGCUGCUAUAGGGUUCACAAUUUUCAUUCUGAACACUUUUCCAAAACAAAUUACCCCAAAGAAGCAUUUUGAUGACCUGGUCACCUCUUUGGAUCUGUAAAAGAUGCCUUUUAGUAUGGCAUUCAUUCAAACACAAAGCAAAUUUCAAGAUGAUGAAACUAAGC